AUGGACCAGCCAGAUCUGAAAGAGGGUGAUGGGCCAAUUGCUCUGGUUAUUGUGCCAACUCGAGAAUUAGCACUCCAAGUAUACCAAGAAGCUAAACGUUACUGCAAAGUAUACAACAUUAACGUUGUUUGUGCCUAUGGUGGUGGAAGCAAAUGGGAACAACAGAAUGCACUCACUGAAGGGGCUGAAUUAGUCAUUGCAACACCU